UAACAUUGUUGUUGGUAGUACUUGUUACACAUUAACAUUUUUAUCAUCGAGGUGGCCAACUGGGUUUUACGGUUCUGUUGUGUACACGACAGUUGACAAGUUGAUUGAAAAGAAAGGCUGAGGCGUUGCCCAGCAACGCAUCAGAGCUCAACUGUCAAGAUAUCAUUUCAGAUGUGAGUCAUUCCUAAAACUAAAAGGUCAACCUGUGCCAACUUUGCCACUGUUGUGCGUUGAAAGAUAUACUUGGCAUGUUGUAUACUUAUCCACUGUGCUCGCGUAAGACUUGUAUGUUUUCCUUGUCAUCGAACCAUAUUUUCGCAGCUUCAGAGUAAUUAAUUCGCAAGUUCUGGAAUCCAGAACCACAUUUGGUUUUUGUAGCAGACAUGAUGGGUCGACACAAAGCCUACAGAAGUAAUCCGAACAAGAGGAGGCGGAUGCGCUUUGUACCGCAGUGGCUGGAGAAACACGCAGUGUCGGAUGGGUCUAGUCAACUACCACCGGCCAACUCUAUCAAUGACCCGGAGGCUUUGCGGGAACUCAUCCACUACACCGCGGAGGGCAACGUGAUUGCGGUGAGGUUAUUAGCGAGGGCCGGCGUCAACGUGAACAUGACCGAUGAGGAUGGUUGGACGGCCCUACACUACGCGGCAGACGAGGCCCAGCGGGACGUAGCACAGCUCCUGAUGGGGGAGUGCGGCGCGGACGGCUCCAUCAGGAGUCACGAGGGACUCACGGCGGCCGAUGUGGCACGGAUGGACGGGAAUUUUGAACUGGAGAAGUUGUUGGACCCGUCCGCUGCAUCCUCGGCAGGAUUAACAGACUCAACUCCAUCCUCAUCUUCGCAAGAGUCGGGAUAAUAUCGAUGCAGUUGAGCAAACUUUAUCCCUUUGUGAAGUUUUGAACCAUAAUAUUUCCAUGCAUUUUUGAUUGAACUGAGGAUUGUUACCAAAAUUUUGCAGUGAAGGUUCAGAGGAAUUCUGACCAAUCUUUUCAAGUUUAAAAGUAGUAACCGGAUAGUUCCAUCAAAGGCUUAAAAAAUGUAACAGAUCUGCAACGUUUAAGUUGUCUAGCUUUUGUUCAUAAUCACAUAUAGCGAUUUCUGACCCAUUGAACCAACGGACUUACCAACCCCAAUAAAUGGAAACAAACCAAACCCUUCCAAAAA